UUCUCAGUUGCAUUGACUUCAUUUGAAACUGAGAUGAACUUAGUAUUGUGGGGUUUUCUCUUCAGUUUCUUUGACUCAGACUAAUUUUUUCUGUGUCACACAAUCCCAGAGCCUCGGGGUGCCUCAUCGUGCCGAUUUUACGCACAAGUCGCUUAACUGACCGAGGAGCAACAGGAGGUUUCGACCAGCGAGUCAUACCGGGAACAAGUAGGAUUUAACGGAGACUUUUCGGACACAUUGCGGCUCGUUCGUCCCCUGUGCCCGGUACGGAUUCAGCAUCUGUUCGGUACCCACAGUCUGACCCGGGAUAACUACUGUCUCCAACGGGAUAGAGUCCGUCCUCCAUCAUGAAUCCCUCAGCGGGCAGCAUGUGUUUGCGCUGCAGCCUGGUCCUGAUCCUGGUUCAGAUCCUGAUCCUACUCCAUCCUGCAGCAGGGUACAAUCUGGAUCAGGAGCACAGUCUGGAGUUCAAUGGCCCCUCCUCCUCCAUGUUUGGAUACUCAGUCCUGCUGCAUCGCUACAAAUCCCGCAGAUGGUUGGUGGUUGGAGCUCCAGUAGCAAACUCAACCUCCAAUCCAUUGGUCCAAUCUCCAGGAGUUUUGUACAGCUGCGACGUCACUGCCGAGUCCCGCCACUGUCAUCCCAUGAAUGCUGACGUGCAGAGCUGUGGGAAGACGUGUAAUGCAGAGAGUGAUAACCAGUGGCUGGGAGUCAGUCUGUCCAGACAACCUGGAGACAAUGGAGGGCACAUCCUGGCAUGUGCUCACCGCUGGAAGAACGUCCACUACUCAAAGAGAGACCCUCAGAACAAUAAGCUGCCCAAUGGAGUCUGUUAUCGUUACAGCAGCGACCUGAGCCGCAACCAACCCAUCAUCCCUUGCUACAGAGAUUACCAGAGAAAGUUUGGUGAGGAUUAUGGGUCAUGUCAGGCCGGUAUUUCCAACUUCCUCACAGAGGAUCUGAUCAUCAUGGGCGCUCCAGGGACGUCUUAUUGGAUGGGUUCAGUUUUGGUCUUUAACACGUCCAAUGGAAAGAUGUCGGUGUACCAGGAUGAAAACGCUAGAUCUGUCAGCUUUGGAAGCUACCUGGGUUACUCUGUUGGAGCCGGACAUUUCUUGAGUCCUACUACCGUAGAAGUGGUGGGGGGAGCUCCGCAAUACAACCAGAAGGGCAAGGUCUUCAUCUUUGCAGUAGACGACUCGAUGCUGCGAGUUGUCUCUGAAGUGGCAGGAAAUGAGCUGGGAUCUUACUUUGGCUCCAGUGUGCUGGCGGUGGAUCUGAACGCUGAUGGUUUGUCCGAUCUGCUGGUCGGCGCUCCCAUGGCAACAGGUGUCACCCGGGAGGAGGGGAGAGUGCAUGUGUACAUCAACCAGGGGCAGGCGAAGCUGAUGGAGGCGGAGUUUCAGCUGAGUGGCAGCGACGCCUACGCCGCCCGAUUUGGAGAAACCAUCGCUGACCUGGGAGACAUAGACGAUGACAGCUACCCUGAUGUGGCAGUUGGUGCCCCACAGGAAGACGACCUAAGAGGAGCUGUGUAUAUUUACAACGGCAGGGAGGAUGGCAUCUCUCCAACGCCAUCCCAGAGGAUUACUGGGUCGACUCUGGGUCGUGACCUCAGGAUGUUUGGGCAGUCGCUGAGCUCUGGCAUAGACAUCGACGAAAACGGCUAUGAUGAUGUUGCAGUUGGUGCUUUCCUCUCAGACUCUGCUGUAAUUCUCAGGACCCGUCCAGUGAUUCAGGUGAAGGCGUUUCUGACUCUGCCUGAGCAGAUUGACCAGAAGGUGGCGCUGUGCCGAGAACACAAGACUCCCACUGUCUGCUUCAAUGUCACCGUCUGCUUCAGUGUCAAGUCCAGACACUUCAGAGGAGCAAUAGAGCUUCAAUAUAAUUUGACCUCUGACCUCCUUCAUAAACCAUCCUUCCCUCAUCGCUUCUAUUUCCAUGGUAACGGGUCAUCCAACACCACGAGGGGGCGUGUGAAGGCCCGACAUGGCCAGCCCACCUGUUUAACACACGUGGCUUACCAAAGGAAAGACGUGAGGGACAUUUUUACUCCAGUCAAGUUUGAGGUUUCCUACAGUCGCAGAGAUACAAACCCCCACAGAGGCUCUUUGAAAACCUUCCCUCCAUUGAAACCCAUCCUGCAGCAGAGCGAAGGACACCAGAACACCAUCACCAACGAGACUUGGUUUGCACGCCCCUGUUCGCUGGUGAACUGUUCGACCAACAUGCAGCUGUCGGCUCAACUAGUGCUGCCACAUCAGCAGCAGUACUUUGCUCUCGGCUCUGGACAAACCAUCAUGGUGAAAACUUCCCUGCUGAACUCCGGAGACGACGCCUUCCUUCCUCGCCUGACGCUGCGUUUCCCCAACAACAUCCACUACAUCAAAGUGCUGCAGAACCAGGACAAUGUGGUCAGCUGUGAUGUCACACAGGAAGUCAACAGUACGAUGGUGGGUGUUGACUGCAGCGUUACCAGCCUCCUCCUGCCAGCCCAUGCCCAGUUGAACAUCAGCUUCCUGUUGGACGUCAAUCAAAACAGCACAUCUGGUGACAUCAUGAUUCACGUCAACACCAGCAGUGAUAACUAUGAGAGGGCAGAGUAUCUCCACGACAACUCAAUGAGUCUCCUCCUUCCUCUCAAAUAUGGAGUCAACGUCAACAUCCACGGUUUUGUGACUCCCACCUCGUUCGUGUUUGGAGAUGAAGACACAACCCCAGUUGACUGUUAUAAUGAAAGAUUCAACUACACAUACAAGGUGUUAAACUCUGGUCCCAGCAGGGCUAUAGACACCGUGGUGGACAUCGCGCUACCAAAGAUCCUCGCACCUUACCGACACAGGCUGCUGCAGGUGGUCGACUGGCAGUCGUCUCACGGUGUGUGUUCGAUCAGUGACACAACUAUUUCAGUCAUCGAGGACUGUGACGUCCCUGAAGCUUCCUUCAUCAAACAGAUCGUCUUCUUCUUCUCUUCCACCUCCAGCCGUAGAAUGUUCUGUGCUCGUGAAGAUGAGCUGUGUGAGCGGUUGGUGUGUCGUCUCGGUACCCUGGAGGUGGGAGGAGAUGCCAUAAUUAAACUGGAGAUCAGACUGAACCCGACUGUUCUACUGCAAGCUCCGGGUCGACAUGGUGUCAUGAGGUUGGAGAGCACAGCGUUGAUGUCAAACCCCACAGAAAGCCCUCACAACGUCUUCCUUCAUGAACAUCCGGCAGCACAGGUGGUGGUGGAAGCUCUUUUUACCCAGAAACCCUCAACGGCAGUAAAGGUCUUCAUCAUCGUCAUCAGUUUAGUUUUGGGUCUGACGAUCUUGGCUGCUCUCAUCUGGUGUUUGUGGAAGGCUGGUUUCUUUAAGAGGGAGUUCCAGAAAGAAGAGGAGGAAGAGUUCAAGAGAGACAGCUGGGACUACGUUCCUAAAAACGACAAGACAGAGAGCACUUCCUAACCCCGACUGUGACCUCUGACCUCUAACCACAGGAGGGAGUUCACAUUGUGACUGUGCAACAGAUUCAAUGAGACAUGUGUGCUGAUGGAUGGAGUGCUGUGUGAAAAUAUGGCUAUCUAAUUCAUUCAAAAGCAGUAGAAAGUUGCCGUUAGACAUCAUCGGCUGAUGAAAUCUGUCCAGACUGAGUCAGCUGGUUUCACAACCGUCGUGACACCCGUUUGACUGAUGAUGAAAUGUCUCGAGUGAACGCCUCCUGAACCUGACCUUUAAAACUAUUUUGCCGGAUGUGCCUUAACAAAAACAGACCGGCUCAAAGACUUGAAAAGAAGGCAGCAAUGGAUGGAGGAUUAAUAAAAGGGAAGUGAACCUGAAACAAUCUGAAGGCCUUAGAGCUUCCUGGGAUGCAGCAUCACCUGUGACAGUUAUCAAUGACCGCCAUUUUGACUCUGAAGAGGAAACAAGCCAAAGGAAGAGACUUUCUGAUGACCUUUGAUCACAAGCGAUGGAAACCUGGCCUCUGAUUGGCUCAUCACGCCUCGGCCACACUGACUACCUGAGCAACCAGUGUGCAGGGCACCUUUUUGUAGCUGCCCCACAAUUUCUAUAUUUGAAGAACAAGUACCAGCUAACAUUUUACAUUUUUUAUUUCUCAACCCGUUUCUGUUUCAAAUUAAAAGCCCUCAAGAGCUUCUUAAGAUCGAAUCCCUUCAGGCUUUUAAUGUGAAAUUUCUGCGGGACCACGAUCUGGAAAUUGCAUUGAAUUGCAUCCUCCAUAAAUUGGUCACUAGUGACGGCUAACUCAAUGUAGAAAGAACGGGUCGAGUGAUACAACUUACUUUAAGCACAGCUGGCUACAUUUUCGUAUACCUGUUACCUGAAGAGGUAGGCAGUGUGGCCCGUGCGUCGCUUUCUGUAAAACAUCCUUUUGUCUGUGUACAUUAUCCUUCUUAUUUGAUGACCAACACCGUAUUGGCUGUCAACACACACACCUAACGUCAGAACAGAAGAAGGGAUGGGUGCUGUGAUUUGCUGGUUCACAGCUUUUUAACGUGUUUUAAAGCAAAACACCAUCACUGUGUUUUUACCCUUCAGUCAGUUUUCUUGGAGGUAAAACCAAUUUAAGCUCUCAAAGAAAUUUCUUGCUAGAAUUUGGUCACUAGUGACGGCUACGUCAGUGUAGAAAGAACGGGCAGCUGUUCAGUGAGGUAGCCUGUAGAAUGGCCAGGUCGAGUGAUAUUCAAUACUACUUCAGAUAUUUCGUUUUCGAGUUGCAUGAUUGGUGGGUUUGCUCUCGGGUUGUGACCAGCCAGUGCAAGUCACAAAGACCUCCCCUUUAUUCUGACACAUUUAAAUUAUAGAGCGCUUUUUAGGAUACUCAAAGAUAAGUAUGUGAGAAAUUAAAUAAUAUUUUUUUGGCAAACUGCUUUUUGAUGCAAGCUAAACUAUCUUUGUGAAUAUGCAGCAUAAACCCGGGGAGCCACAGGGUUGAAUGUUGAAUGACUACUUGAAGAAAUGUUUGAUAAUCAGGCCAGCCGCUUCCUUCCAUUAUGUUUAUUUAAUACAAAUGCACAUCACACAGAAAUAUCUUACUAUUUUAAUUAUGAGUAUGUUUUUGUUUAUGUAAAGUUGUUCUGCACUGGAGUCUCACUGCUUUUAGCAACACUUUUCUAUUAAAAUGAAGGGUUUUCUAUUUAAACAA